AUGAGAACCUCUUCGCGGUUGCUUGGCGGCCUGGCCGCGGCUGCAUCGUUCUUGCCAUUGUCUCUGGCACAGAACAACCUGCCGAAUACCUUCACGGACCCGGAGACAGGCAUCAUCUUUAACACUUGGGGUUUGCCCAAUGGCGCCCCUCAAACUCAGGGUGGCUAUACCUUUGGUAUGGCCCUACCGGAAGAUGCCUUCUCAACCGAUGCCACUGAGUUCAUUGGCUAUCUGCAAUGCGCAGCCAAAGAUGCUCAAGGCUGGUGUGGUGUCUCCCUCGGCGGCUCCAUGACCAACUCCCUCCUCAUCGCCGCCUGGCCACACGAAGACACGGUCUACACCUCUCUGCGCUUCGCCACGGGCUACGCCAUGCCAGAUAUCUACGCCGGCGACGCCAAGAUCACCCAAAUCUCAUCGAGCAUCAACUCGACACACUUCACCCUCAUCUUCCGCUGCGAGAACUGCCUGAAAUGGAACCACAACGGCCUAUCUGGCGGCCAGUCAACCACUAACAAUUUCAUGAUCCUUGGCUGGGUCCAGGCUUUCCCCUCCCCAGGUAAUCCGACCUGCCCGGAUCAAAUAACCCUCGAGCAACAUGACAAUGGUAUGGGUAUCUGGGGUGCUGUGCUGGAUGGAAAUGUUGCCAACCCGUCUUAUACCGCUUGGGCGGCUCAAGCGACCAAGACUGUCACUGGUGAUUGUGUCACUCCAACUGAGACGGGAGUUCCCAGCGUCCCGGUCCCGACUGACGCUGUCUUCGACUAUAUUGUCGUCGGCGGCGGUGCUGGUGGCCUGCCCAUUGCCGAUCGGUUGAGCGAGGCCGGCAAGAGCGUACUGCUCAUCGAGAAGGGCCCUGCUUCGACGGGCGAACAUGGCGGUACCAUGAAGCCUGCGUGGCUAGAGGGUACUGACCUCACACGGUUUGAUGUGCCUGGCCUGUGCAAUCAGAUCUGGAAGGAUUCGAAAGGCAUUGCUUGCGAGGAUACCGACCAGAUGGCCGGAUGUGUGCUUGGCGGUGGUACAGCUGUUAAUGCUGGUCUGUGGUUCAAGCCCUACUCCCUCGACUGGGACUACCUCUUCCCUACCGGCUGGAAGAGUAAUGAUAUGAAAGCCGCCAUCCAACGCGUCUUCUCGCGCAUCCCUGGUACCGACACACCUUCUAUGGAUGGCAAGCGCUACUAUCAGCAAGCCUUCGAAGUCCUAUCCAACGCCCUGCGCAGCGCCGGCUGGACUCAAGUCACAGCCAACAACGCUCCAGAUCAGAAGAACCGUACUUUCUCAAACACUCCGUACAUGUACUCAAAUGGCGAGCGUGGCGGUCCACUGGCGACUUACCUCCGUAGCGCGAAGCAAAGGAGUAACUUUAAGCUGUGGUUGGGCACCUCUGUGAGGAGGGUCAUCCGUGAGGGUGGCCAUAUCACCGGUGUUGAGGUCGAGCCGUUCCUGCCGGGAGGUUAUCAGGGUAUUGUGAAUGUCACGAAAGUGACAGGUCGGGUUAUCCUGUCGGCUGGCACCUUCGGCAGUGCUAAGAUUUUGCUGAGGAGCGGUAUUGGUCCUCAGGAUCAACUGGAGAUUGUCAAGAGCUCGGAGAUCGAUGGCCCGACUAUGAUUGACAGCUCGUCGUGGAUCAACCUGCCGGUUGGGUACAAUUUGGAUGACCAUCUCAACACUGACACUGUAAUCACCCAUCCUGAUGUUGUCUUCUACGACUUCUACGAGGCUUGGUCGAGCCCGAUUCUCGAGGACAAGCAGAAAUAUCUCGAAAGUCGUUCCGGUAUCCUGGCCCAAGCCGCCCCUAACAUUGGCCCAAUGUUCUGGGAAGAAAUCAAAGGCGCCGACGGCAUCGUCCGCCAACUCCAAUGGACCGCUCGCGUAGAAGGCAGCUUCGACACCCCCAACGGCCACGCAAUCACAAUGAGCCAGUACCUUGGCCGCGGCGCGACCUCUCGCGGCCGCAUGACCAUCACACCGUCCCUGACUACCGUAGUCUCCGACGUGCCGUACCUCAAGGACCCUAACGACCGCGAGGCCGUCAUCCAGGGCAUCAUCAACCUACAAAACGCGCUCAAGAAUGUGGCCAACCUCACCUGGACAUACCCCAACGCGAGCAUUUCUGCGCGCGAGUACGUCGAGAAUAUGGUCGUCUCCCCCUCCAACCGACGCUCCAACCACUGGGUAGGCACGAACAAACUCGGCCCGGACGACGGCCGCCACCCUGCAGGCGGCACUGCCGUCGUCGACCUGAACACCCGCGUCUGGGGCACAGACAAUCUGUUUGUCGUCGACGCAUCCAUCUUCCCCGGUGUCCCGACCACUAACCCGAGCAGCUACAUCGUGACUGUGUCGGAGCAUGCUGCGCAGAAAAUCCUCGCGCUUCCUGCGCCACAGCCGGUGCAGAAAUGGGGCCAGUGCGGUGGACGGUUGUGGACGGGGAGUAACGUUUGCGUGGAGGGGACGACGUGCACAGUGCUGAAUGAGUGGUAUUCUCAGUGUCUGUAG